GGAAUGAUAUAGUAUAAUUUCGAGGGGAGAUACGACCUGGUACGGUUCAUUAAGACAGUGCAGACAAUGGGACUAUACGUUCAUCUUCGCAUUGGACCUUAUGUUUGUGCAGAGUGGAAUUUUGGAGGACUUCCUGUUUGGCUAAAGUAUGUUCCUGGUAUCAGCUUCAGAACAGAUAAUGAGCCCUUCAAGAUGAAAAUGCAAGGAUUUACCCAGAAAAUUGUCCAAAUGAUGAAGGAUGAAAAACUUUUUGCAUCACAAGGUGGUCCAAUCAUCCUCUCUCAGAUUGAGAAUGAAUAUGGCCCUGAGAGUAAGGCACUUGGAGGAGCUGGUCAAGCAUACAUUAAUUGGGCUGCAGAAAUGGCUGUUGGAUUGGAUACAGGAGUCCCAUGGGUAAUGUGCAAGGAAGAUGAUGCCCCAGAUCCUGUAAUAAAUGCAUGUAAUGGAUUUUACUGUGAUGCAUUUGCUCCCAACAAACCUAACAAGCCUACAUUGUGGACUGAGGCUUGGAGUGGCUGGUUUACAGAAUUUGGUGGCACAAUUCACCAGCGCCCAGUUCAAGACUUGGCAUUUGCAGUUGCUCGUUUCAUGCAAAAGGGUGGCUCAUAUGUUAAUUAUUAUAUGUACCAUGGAGGAACCAACUUUGGACGGACCACUGGUGGACCAUUUAUUACAACCAGUUAUGACUAUGAUGCUCCAAUUGAUGAAUAUGGUUUAAUCCGGCAGCCUAAAUACGGUCAUUUGAAGGAGCUUCAUGGGGCUAUUAAGCUAUGUGAACAUGCUUUAGUUUCCUCAGAUCCUACUGUUACUUCCUUGGGAACCUAUCAGGAAGCCCAUGUAUUCUCUUCAAUGCAAGGAAGCUGUGCAGCUUUUCUCUCUAAUUACCAUACAGAAUCUGCCGCUACGGUGAUGUUUAAUAACAGGCAGUACAAUUUGCCCCCUUGGUCCAUUAGCAUCCUUCCUGAUUGCAGAAAUGUGGUGUUUAACACUGCAAUAGUUGGAGUUAAAACCUCACAGAUCCAAAUGUUGCCAACAAACUCCAAGAUGUCCUCGUGGGAGACUUAUGAUGAAGACAUUUCUUCUCUAGGGGAAAGUUCAAGAAUCACCGCUCUUGGACUCUUGGAGCAGAUGAAUGUUACCAGAGACACUAGUGACUACCUGUGGUACACAACCAGUGUUGACAUUAGUCCAUCAGAAUCAUUUCUGCGAGGAGGACAAAAGCCCACUCUCAAUGUAGAUUCAGCUGGCCAUGCUCUUCAUGUCUUCAUCAAUGGACAGUUCUCUGGGUCAGCCUUUGGGACUAGGGAAGACAGGAGAUUCACAUUUGCAGGACCAGUGAACCUACGUGCUGGAACAAAUAGGAUUGCACUUGUCAGCAUGGCCGUUGGAUUACCGAACGUUGGAUUGCACUACGAGACAUGGAAAACAGGAAUUCUAAGUGUUUUAUUGCAAGGCCUUGACCAAGGAAAGAAAGACCUGACAUGGCAGAAAUGGUCAUACCAGGUUGGCCUAAAAGGAGAAGCAAUGAAUUUGGUCUCUUCAGAUGGGGCCUCUUCUGUUGAAUGGAUCCGAGGUUCACUAGCUACACAGAGUUGGCAGUCUAUGACAUGGUAUAAGGCAUAUUUCGAUGGCCCAGGAGGUGAUGAACCAUUGGCUUUGGAUAUGAGGAGUAUGGGAAAGGGUCAAGUAUGGAUCAAUGGACAGAGCUUAGGAAGAUAUUGGAUGGCUUAUGCGAAGGGUGAAUGUGGUACUUGUAGUUACUCAGGGACAUUCCGACCUCCAAAGUGCCAGAGUGGUUGUGACCAGCCAACCCAAAGAUGGUAUCACGUUCCAAGAUCAUGGCUAAAGCCAAGACAAAAUUUGUUGGUUGUCUUUGAAGAACUUGGCGGAGAUGCAUCAAAAAUUUCACUUGUGAGGAGAUCAGUUUUAUAAACCUCGCCUCGACACCCUCACAAGGGAGAGGAGAAGAGAAAAUUAACAAAGAUAGAGGUGAAGAAGAUAUUUCUGUUUCGUUGUCUAAAUGCUAUUUCGCUAUUGUUUAAUUGUAGCAGAAAUAUAAAGGUUUUAGAGCAGGGAUAAAUGCUCUGUAAAGUAAUGGGUGAUGAAUGACAGACCAGCUGGUUGAUGC